AAUUGUUUCCUCCGGUCACAAGAAGACACACGUUUUCUUGUUGUCAAAAUAUUUUCCACGUUGUUUGCUAGCUUUAGCAUGAAUGUGUCUUCGAAUAUAAUUGUUUUCUUUAUUCAACUCCGUAAUUAAAAGGCAGUAUGGUUGGAAAGAUAAAACGAGUCCGCGAAAAGCUUCACCAGGCUGCAGUUAAGCUUGACAGCACACAGUCUGGUGCAGCAAGAUCCAAAGAUUUAGAAAAGGCACCGACUGCUGUGAUACCAAGUGGUUCAUUCAUUUUCGAUGUAAACAAGACGAACAAUGAAAAUCUACCGAUAAAAAGUGAAGAACACGCUAAGUUCCAAUCGACCCCACAGAGUUCCUUUCCAAGUGGAAUCUUUGCUGGCACACAAAUCACCCCUGAAGCCCUUGUCCAAACUCUGAAGUUUCAAGAACCCUCCGUUGACAUCCUAACACCUGCGCAGAAAGCUCCUGAAGUGAAGAAGCAGCAGUCGAAGAAGGAGAAGAUGAAAGAGAGGAGGGACCGCUGGCUUAACAAGAUCAGCUCCAUCAAGCUGGCCCAGGAGCAGCAGGUGGCGCGGGCUAAGAGGGCGGCCAUGCCCGUUGUGGGCGACAUGAGGCCGCUGGCGGAUGCCCUUCCAGAACUCUCCCAGCUCAUCCCCUCGACCACCAAGACCUCCAGGAAGGCCUCCAGGAAGAACCGGGUGCCAGUGAAGAAGAAGCCGGAACCAACAGACUUCAGCUUGAUGAAGCCAGCGCAGAAACGCAAACUCCUGGAAAGUGAGACCAGCCGGUUUAGUGAAGCUGUGAAGAACCUGGCACACAGCACGACCAACCCUCUGACAGCUAUUGGUGAACACCUCAGGAAGAGACUGAAGCAAGAGGAGGAACAAGAGCCCAGCUAACACACUGGAUGCAUUGUCCCGUUUUGGAUCUGCAGUCGAGCUGUCCACCAACUACCCAAAGGCACGGUCGUGUUUGAGAUUGGCACUUUGCCGUAUGUGUAGGUCGUACAAAGAGUGACGCUCCUUAACACGACCAUGGCGUGAGAAAGCUCCUGCCUUUAUUUAAGAGGAACCCAGAUGCCUGCAUCCCUGUCCCCAAUCUGCCAUACCUCCAGAAAGUACAGCUGUUGGUUGAAGUGGUUUUGUUCUUUGUGUUCUGUACCAGUAAAACAUACAGGUGGACUUAGUUGAUCACGCCCGCAGUGCUGGAGUAGUUGAACGGUCGCUUUUGUGGAUGAAAAUGAAUGAAAUGUUGAGAGUAGAACUGUCAUCCAGAAGUCUUCUUUCAAAUUUUGUACAGUAUCUCUUCCACAUUUCUAAUGUAAUAGGCAAUAUUAAAAAUGCAAUACAAUACA